UAACUUGGAACAAACACAAUUCAUGCUGCAAAAAAGUCCAAAACAGAUAAUGGAAACCUAUGUAAGCAUCUCCUGUCCGGCUUUCAUUGCUGCUUGCUUUCUCUAUCCGGUACUUCUUCUAGUCACAAAAAGAUUAUCCUUCCUUCCUUUUUUCUUCACGUUACACCAUAUGAGAUAUAAAACUUUGAUCGUUGAUAUUGAGGCAAAGGAUUAGAUUCCCAUUUGUAUAACCAGUUAGGAUUGGAGGGAUUUCUCCAAAUGCUAAAUCUUGGCAGAUCGAGAACUCAGCCAAGGUCCAACAGAUCGAUGUCAUUUGGAGGCAUGGACUAUCCAGACCCAAAGAAGAAGAGCAACUUUGUAGGAAGAAUCAUUUGGGUUGCUGCCUUCAUUGUAAUAUUCAUUAUGGUGCUCAAGCUGUCUACAAAUUUUAAUAGUCCAUGCCCGUUCUCCCAUCAUGAGCCUGGAGUAAUGCAUGUUCUAGUAACAGGAGGUGCUGGCUAUAUUGGUUCACAUGCUACCUUAAGGCUUCUAAAGGACUCAUACCGUGUAACUAUAGUGGACAACCUCUCACGGGGAAACCUGGGUGCUGUUAAGGUUCUCCAAGCAUUAUUUCCAGAAGCUGGAAGGCUUCAGUUCAUUUAUGCUGACUUGGGGGAUGCAAAAUCGGUUCAUAAAGUAUUCUCUGAGAAUUCAUUUGAUGCUGUUAUGCAUUUUGCAGCAGUUGCAUAUGUUGGGGAAAGUACCCUUGAUCCACUUAAGUAUUAUCAUAACAUUACAUCAAACACCUUGGCGGUAUUAGAGGCCAUGGAAACACAUGGUGUGAAGACAUUGAUAUAUUCUAGUACCUGUGCAACAUACGGGGAACCUGAAAAGAUGCCCAUUACUGAAGAAACUCUGCAGGUCCCCAUUAAUCCAUAUGGAAAGGCUAAAAAGAUGGCAGAAGAUAUUAUCCUUGAUUUUUCUAAAAAGUCAGACAUGGCAGUUAUGAUCUUAAGAUACUUCAAUGUGAUUGGGUCAGAUCCAGAGGGCAGACUAGGUGAAGCUCCAAGACCUGAACUACGUGAACACGGCCGAAUAUCUGGUGCUUGUUUUGAUGCAGCUCGCGCUAUUAUUCCUGGGCUGAAGGUUAAAGGAACAGACUAUGAUACACCUGAUGGCACUUGCAUAAGGGAUUACAUUGAUGUCACUGAUCUGGUUGAUGCUCACGUGAAAGCUCUUGAAAAGGCAGAGCCCAGAAAGAUUGGAAUUUACAACGUUGGCACUGGAAAAGGUAGAUCUGUAAAGGAGUUUGUGGAGGCAUGUAAGAAGGCUACAGAAGUAGACAUCAAGGUUGAUUACCUACCUCGCCGGCCAGGCGACUACGCCAGAGUGUACAGUGACCCUUCUAAAAUCGGGCAAGAACUGAACUGGACGGCACGAUACACCGAUAUUGAAGAGAGUUUGCAGAUUGCCUGGAGAUGGCAAAAGUUGCAUCGUUAUGGCUAUGGAACCCCUUUGGCAGUUUCUUACUGAAAGGAUCACACCAUUCCAUAGCUGUAGGUUAAUGAGAAGAGCCCCAUGCACAUGCAGAGUGCUGAUUUCGGCAACCGUUCUAUUGCUCUCUGAGAACGGAGGUGUUUGAAAUAAGAUAAUCUCUUUAGGAGGUAAGAGUAGGAUGCAACCCAUUUGUUACAUGCAUUAUAAC